AUGCCUGAAACCGAAGCUAUCAAAGAAGCAGAAGCAAAACUGGCCGACGCGGACGAGCCUGCGCCGGAAAAGAUUAAGAAGAAAAGAGGCAGGAAACCAGCCGCAGAUGGAGCUCCUAGCAAGCCAAAAACGAAGCGAAAUCUGGACAAUCCACCGGUGCACGAUAUGAUCGUCGAAGCGCUGGACGUUCUUCGUGACCGGAAAGGAACAUCACUGCAGGCCAUCAAACGGUACAUGGAGGAAAAUUUCAAAAUCGAUUCAUCCAAGUUGAGUCCGUUUAUUCGAAAAGCUCUGGUGAACGGCGUUGAAGAUGGUCGAAUUAUUCGAACGCGCGGUACCGGUGCAUUUGGUCGGUUCAAGGUCAAAAUCACAAAACCAGCCAUGAUCAAGAAACGCCAAGCCCCGGAAAAUUACGCCGAACUGCCAAUGACAAAUAAGAGGUCACGUCCUAACGCGCCGAAAAAAGAGAAGGCGGCGGCGGCGCCAAUCGAAAAAGACGCAUCGCCGAAGCAAAAAUCUACCAAACCAUCGAAAGUGGAAACACCCAAACCCAGCCCCAAGAAAGGACCAAAGUCGAAGAAGGGCCGCAAGAAGAACUAA